GCACUUAGUGUUGACGUAAGAUUAGCAGGGCUGUGUGUACAUGGUCAUUUCGAUUAGUUGUACUGGUGUUAUAAAAUGCCUGACGCUCGCAGGCACUAAAAAGAAAUAUGAUUAGGUUUAAUUCUAGCCAUGUAGCCGAAAUCCACACUUGAUUGUGUAGUGGUGUGCGCCGUCACAUAGAUGCAAUAAGGCAAAUUACUCUCUCAUGCUGCAUAUGAACUUUGAUUUGGUUUGAACUCGAUAACGCAACGGGCUAUUUGCCUUGAACAAAGGUUGUUCUUUUUUUAAAAAAAAAACACACACACCACUAGUUUGUGUCACUCCGUGUAGCCUGCACCGGUCGUUUGCUACUGGAACGGGAGAAAACUGAAGCACUUGAAAUUUGAAGUUUGAAGUCCUGUAGGUUGGCGUUUCGAGACUCGCACAAUGAAUUUCCUACUGGAGACGCUGCAAGUGCUAUUCCUGUCAAUAUAUUACCUCCUGGAGGCAUUUGUGAUGCUGUUCAUCCCUGUUCGGAGGAAAAAUGUGGCCGGAGAGAUAGUGCUGAUCACGGGCGCUGGCAGUGGCAUUGGUAGGCUGAUGGCAAUAGAGUUUGCGAAACUGGGCGCCGCGCUUGUUCUGUGGGACAUCAGUAAAGAAGGGAACAAGGAGACGGCCAGAUUAGCCAAAGAGAAAGGAGCCUCCAGAGUACAUUCCUACCUGUGUGACUGCAGCAAUACCGCUGAAGUCUAUAGAGUUGCUGAUCAGGUCAAAAGAGAAGUUGGUGAUGUUAGUAUUCUAAUAAACAAUGCUGGAAUUGUGACUGGAAAAAAAUUCAUUGAGUCACCAGAUAACCUUAUAGUAAAAACCAUGGAAGUGAAUACAAUGGCUCACUUCUGGACUUAUAAAGCAUUUCUGCCUGCAAUGAUUGCAAGCAACCAUGGACAUCUUGUCAGCAUUGCUAGUUCUGCUGGGAUGAUUGGUGUAAAUGGGCUGGCAGAUUAUUGUGCCAGUAAAUUUGCUGCUGUUGGCUUUGCUGAGUCUGUGGCUUUGGAGCUGGAGGCAAAAAAGAAGAAUGGAAUUAAAACCACAAUUGUUUGCCCCUAUUUCAUAAAUACUGGAAUGUUCGAUGGCUGCAGUACCAAAUGGCCCAACUUGCUUCCUAUCUUGAAUCCCGAUUAUGCAGCAAGAAAAAUUGUGGAUGGAAUACUGAAAGAUCAAGUCUAUAUUCUAUUACCGAGGACCCUGUACCUCUUAAUGGGCUUGAAAAACUGCAUUCACUGGAAGUUUGGAGUUCUCCUGGGAAGAUAUGUUGGUGUUUUUGAAAGCCCAAAUCAUUGUGAAAGUCAUACCAAGCAUCAUUGAGCUCUGUGCUUAGCAAGGGAAUGAGGUUGAACUGCAGUUGAAGUUUAACAGCAUAUGUGCAUUAUUGCCACCAAUAGACUAAAUCUGUAGUUUACAGGGUGAAAUACAUUAUUGGCUGACACGCACUUAAAACUUUAAUGAUUACUGCAACUACUACUGUUGCCAAAGCUUUUUGUAAAGGGGAAGAUAUGCUACUUUUCUGAAUGUUUCUUCUUCUCCAGGCUGCUUUUUGCACAUCUUUGUGUAAUUUAUAAUAUAUAUAUAUACUGCAUGGAUUCAGCCUCUGAUGGUUUAAAAUGUAUACAAUUCACUGAGCAAUUAUGCUAAUGUGCACUUGAUGUAACUCACACCAUCAUUUUCAUGUAUAGAUAUAUACAUUAGUAGUCUGGAUAUAUAAUGAAUAUUUUGUAUGAAAUAUGUUCCUGGAAAUGAUAUUGUACAUUUUGUUAUUGUACAACAUUAAAUUAUUAGUUCACAUUGGCAAAAUAUUCACAUUUACUGUGUGUGUUCAGUUGAUGCUGGGUAAUGAUUGGCUCAUGACAUAUUAUAGGUAACAUGCUGUCUAAGAAGCUAAUGUGCUUUUAUAAAAAACAAAAGCUGGUAGAUAUUAGAAAGGUACAGUAACUUAAUUAACCCCAGCUUGGACUUGAUAUUUCAGUAUGCAAAUCCUGUCCAUGGCUUUUGCAGGAAAGCUGGUAUGCUUUUCUCAUAAUAUGGUUUGCUAACUAUUUAGAGCUUUCUGAGUUCUACUGUAUAUGGACAGGUAAACCUUUUGUGGGUAUGUGCAAUCUUAAUUAUGCUAGAAUAGAUUAAUAAUUUAUUUUGAAAGCUCAAAAUUCUGAGGAAAAUGGAUACAUUUUUUAAAAUGGGAAUCAUCUUUUUCUUUUUUCAUAUUACAUCUAAAUACACAAUCACCAUACUAGUCUCGACAAGUGCCUGGAAAUGCAGUUUAUGUGAGUCCACGGAGCUUGUCAUAAGCAGAGGAGGUCCUUCAGUUUCCCAGAUGUGGGCUAGUUUUCAAGAGCAAUGUCAGAAAUUUCAAAUUAAAUGCAACGUUACAAGCGUAGGAGGUGCUUUUACACAUUACCUGUGAAUGAGCCAGAUGUAAAUGUUCUUUUUCAUGAAAUAAAUAACAUCAGAAAUCACUUUACAAUAUAUAAAAUAUUUAAAAUAAAGCACUUUGCUUCAAAAGAACAUCUUUAACAGAUUUUAGUAAAUCUUUUUUGGAUUGACUUUCAGGAACUUUGUAUCUGGCUUCAUAUGUAUUUAUUCAUGUAAGAGCAUUUCCUAAUGUGCUAUUGGAUGAUUUUGAUUCUAUUUUCUUUUGACAUUUUCUGAUAAACUUUCAGGCAUAAAAUCCCAGAAUUUAUAUAUCAGAUCUAAAUAAUAGUGACAUGUUGGUUGUGCAUGGGAUUAAAAACAUAAGAGUGUGUAAUUUUGAAGACUCCACUGUCCUGUAAAAGCAGGAGACAGACUUCUAAGAAAAUUCAGUGUUAAAAUGAAAUGAUAUUCAGGAGGUCUAAAUUUCACUGGUCUGUAAAGAUUUCAGGACGACGUGUUAAGGUCACUUUUAGUCUCCUGUUAAUCAGCCUUAUAUUUGCCUUUGAUUUACAUUACAUUAAUCUUUACACAA